UCUAGAAUUUGCUCUGCAAAAAUGUUUGCUUCGUCUCGCAUUGCAGCCUUACUUAUUCUCUCUUGCAGCGUCAACGUCGUCGUGCGCUGCGACCAGCACCUCUGCCCUACAGGCUACUCGCGCAGCGCCUGCCUCGACGACAUCGAGUGCAAGUAUCUACUCUGCUGGAAGGUGAACUGGCCCGACGAGACGAUCACGUUCGUUUCCAAGGUCGCAACGACUGGAUGGAUUGGUUUUGGUGUUUCUCCGACGGGAAUGAUGUCCAACUCCGACGUCGUCAUCGGAUGGGUGGCGAACGGGCAAGGAUAUUUGAAAGAUCGAUUCGCAAAUGCCAGAGUGAUGCCUCCUAUUGACGCGAAGCAGAACGUAGAAUUACUCUCUGCAGAAGAGAGCAAUGGGACGACAACCCUGGUAUUCAGGAGAAAGUUAUCUGCCUGCGAAGAUCCCGAGAAGGACUUAUCGAUUGAGACUGGCCCGGUCUGGAUAAUAUGGUCUUACCACGAUAGCGAUCCAGUCUCAGAAAAUUCCGUUACAAAACAUUCUGCGAAGGGGUCGAAAGAAAUCAACGUUCUCAGUGGCACGGGCGACGUUCAAGCCGCACCUCUACCAGCAGACCAUCAAACGAUGGACCUGCUCAACAACGCAGUAAAAAGAAAUCGUUUGUGA